CAUUAAUACUUAAAUAACUGGAAUUUUGUUGUUAUUGGACAGAAUACGAUAAAAGAAAAAAAAAAAAAAAAAACGUUGAUUCUGUAUCCUAACUCUUGCAACUCUCAUCUACGUUUGCAGCCAUGGAGCGUAAAACGGUCUUCUUUACAGAUAUUUUCCUGAUGCUUUUGAUGGCUGUUACUGGGACUGAGUCAAAUACCAGAGUGGGUCGUCCGUACCACUUUUUAAAUAUCCCAAUGACACGGAGUGAAGCUCAGAGCUUCUGUAGAGUGAACUAUGCUGACCUGGCGACCGUGGACAACAUGAAGGAGUACGUGCAGCUGCUGGAGAGCAUCGGCAGUGCUGAUGUGAGUGGCAUCUGGAUAGGCCUGGAGAGAUCAGCGUCCUAUCGGUGGGUGUGGUCUGAUGGCAUUGGGGAACAAGACGUUUAUCCCUUCAGUGAAGACAAACAAGAUGGUGACUGUGUGAUGAUGAAAACAUCUGGGUACUGGGAAAAAAGCCGAUGUACUGACCUGAAGGCCUCUCUUUGCUUUGAAUAUGACAGCCAGGGGACAGAAAGUUACUUCCUGAACACCACACUUUUAUCAUGGCGAGACGCUCAGAGCUCCUGCAGACAGCAUCACACCGACCUGGUCAGUGUGAAAACUAAAGAGCAGAAUACAGACAUUUAUGGUCAUACCAGCGGCUACCAGAUCUGGCUCGGAAUGAUCGCCGACAACUGGAUGUGGUCUGAUGGAAGCCCUACCUCUUUCAGAAACUGGGAGAACACAAACCCUGAUAAUAAUGGAGGUGCUGAGAACUGUGUUGUGAUCAGAAAGUCCUUCCAGAAUCAGUGGGAUGACACUGCUUGUGAUCGCAGCUAUCCUUUUGUCUGUUACGGUGAACAGAAAAUCAGGAGAACUACGGUGAAAGUGAGAAUUAGCUCUGAGGGAAAUCUGAAUCUUGCCACACUGAGUGAUUCACUGCUGAAGCAGAUUCAGGCACAACUGGAAGAGCAGAGUGGGACUGAGGUCAAACUCCGUUGGCAAGCUGCCAAAAAUGGACAAAUCUUCCAACACAAUGACAAUGGAAGCAAAGAAACAGGUUGUUGAAUAAAACCCAUCCAAAGGUCUCCUGCAUGUUGAAGAAGCGGCUUUUCACUACAGUCAUGUGUUGUUAUGUAUGUGUAAUAUGUCAUUCUAGCUUGUAUUGUGCUGUAUUUGUGUUAGUGGUGAUUACAAAUCUUUGUGUAUAAGUCUACUAAAGAGUCAAGAUCCACUUCGACUACAUCCUGUGUUGUGAUUAUUUGUUGUACUUUUUAUGAAGUUAGCUGAAUUGUAGAGAGAGCUUAAUCUUCCCCUUGUGCCAAUAUACAACCACCCUGUGAUCACGUGACUUAAAAGUAUGGAACCGACAAUUGUAGCAUCUCCAUGAGCAAAAUCCAUUCACUGGAAGUUGAGUUUUCUUUUGCUCAAGAAUGAACUUUAUUAACAACCAACGUAGACACUUUUUGUUAUGAAUCUGCAGUUCUUAAACCUGAAUUACCUAAAUAACUUUUUGAUUGAUUUUAUUAUCAUCUUAUAAAGUGUUUCCAGCUAUUCACACAUAGAGAUGUGAUAGACAUUAGCCUUCAUUUGGGGUUGAGUUUCUGUUUCUUUCAGCUCUGUUUUUGGUCUCUAUUAACUUGUUUGGUGGUGUGUGUAUAGUCACAGUAGACAUCAUUAUUGAAUCCAUUGUUAAUGUGAAAAUACGUAUUAGAGCAGCUUUAACUGUCUGAUGGUUGUAGCACAUAAACACUGUCUAUUAUUAUGCAACUGGAAGAAAAUAUGUUUUUGCUUGUGUUACUUUUAGAUUUGAGGGAAUAUGCACAGUUUAUUUACUGUUUUGUAGAGGCUCAUUUUUUAUUUUUUGCAAUAUAGUACUAGAUGAUAAUUGUUUUUAAAGAAAGUCUGUGUUCUGGAUUCAAAUGAUUUCAUAAUAAACUUAGCAGCUUAAGGGUGAGGCUGUUUCAUUUUGAUUGAA